AUGACAAUGUUGUUCACAGGAACAACAACAUCAUCUGUUGAAAGAUAUUAUGCUCGUGGUUUCUUUUUCAACAAUCAUAAAACAAGUACGAUUAGUACUACUAAUGAAGAAUCGUCAUUUCGUCAAAGUUUUAACAAAUGGCUCAAUGAAUUCUUAUCAGGAGAUUCAAAUAAAGAAAAAAAUUCUAAUUCAUUUAGUAAAUUGGCUUUAUUAAAACAAUUCUUAUUUUCAUCAUCAUCGUCAUCAUCAUCAAAUGGCAAAAGUAGUAAACUUGAUAAACUUUUUCAACUAUUAAAUGAAAUUGCUACAGAUGAUAAAAAUCAAUCAUCAUCAUCAACAAAUAAAUUAAAUAAAUUACUACAAUUUUUUAAUACUUAUGCAUCAUCAUCAUCAUCACAUAAUAUUCAAUUAGCUUUAAAAUUAAUUAAUCUUGCACAAGGCAAUGGUGGUUUCAGUUCAUUAAGUAUUAGCGAUAUGAAAUCACUUAUUAAUUUUAUUAGCUAA